GGUCUGGUUUCUGUAGUGCCAUCUCUGCACGUUCUCCCUCUAUAUAUAUAUAAACCCGUAUUCUCGUUAUCAUCAUUGUCUCUCAACCGUUCAACUCUCUUUCUAAUCUCUCCGUUGCCUCACUCUUUUCCUCCUCCUCCCAACUUUUAGAGAAUGGGAAGCUCAGGUGGCAUGGACUAUGGUGCUUACACCUAUGAGAAUCUUGAAAGGGAACCUUACUGGCCAACUGAGAAGCUUCGUAUUUCCAUUACUGGGGCCGGAGGAUUUAUUGCUUCCCACAUUGCUCGUCGUUUGAAGAGCGAGGGCCACUACAUAAUUGCCUCUGAUUGGAAGAAGAAUGAGCACAUGACAGAAGAUAUGUUCUGUCAUGAGUUUCAUCUUGUGGAUCUUAGGGUUAUGGAUAAUUGCUUGAAGGUUACAAAAGAUGUUGACCAUGUGUUCAACCUUGCUGCUGAUAUGGGUGGCAUGGGCUUCAUUCAGUCUAACCAUUCUGUUAUUUUCUAUAACAACACUAUGAUCAGCUUCAACAUGAUGGAAGCUGCUCGGAUUAAUGGUGUCAAAAGGUUCUUCUAUGCAUCUAGCGCUUGCAUUUACCCUGAGUUCAAACAACUUGAAACAAAUGUCAGCCUUAAAGAAUCUGAUGCAUGGCCAGCAGAGCCUCAAGAUGCUUACGGCUUGGAGAAGCUUGCAACUGAGGAGUUGUGCAAGCAUUACAACAAGGAUUUUGGAAUUGAAUGUCGUAUUGGAAGGUUCCAUAACAUCUAUGGUCCAUUUGGAACUUGGAAAGGUGGAAGGGAAAAAGCUCCUGCCGCUUUUUGUCGAAAAGCCCAAACUGCAGUAGAUAAGUUUGAAAUGUGGGGAGAUGGACUCCAAACACGUUCAUUCACCUUCAUUGAUGAGUGUGUUGAAGGGGUUCUCAGAUUGACAAAGUCUGACUUCCGGGAGCCAGUGAACAUUGGAAGUGAUGAGAUGGUGAGCAUGAAUGAGAUGGCUGAGAUGGUUCUUAGCUUUGAGGACAAGAAGCUUCCCAUCCACCACAUUCCUGGCCCAGAAGGUGUCCGUGGUCGCAACUCAGACAACACCCUUAUAAAAGAGAAGCUUGGUUGGGCUCCGACAAUGAGAUUGAAGGAUGGUUUGAGAAUUACAUACUUCUGGAUCAAGGAGCAGAUCGAGAAAGAGAAAUCUCAAGGAGUUAAUAUUGCAAACUAUGGAUCGUCUAAGGUGGUGGGCACUCAAGCUCCAGUUGAACUCGGUUCCCUUCGUGCUGCUGAUGGAAAGGAAUAAGUUCAUCCCUUCUAUUAAUUGGAAGCCAAAUCACUGCUAUGACAUUGCUGCUUUAUUAAUAUGGUUGUCGUAGGUGAAUGUGUUAAAUUUUCAGUAAUUGUUGGCUUUUCUUGGUUUUGAAUCUUGUAAUUUAAGCCCCUUGGCUUGUGAAUGGGAUGGUUUAAUGCUUCAGCUGUAUUUAUCAGUUGUUUUAGGAUAUCUCUAUAUGAUAAUCCAAUAAUUGGCAAUAGAUCUUUUUCCCAGUUCUAGA